CUUCAAACCUCCAUCAUCCAUUCAUUCAAAUCCAACGGCUAUGAACCAGCGAAUCCCAUCCAAGGUACUUUGCACGUAACUUUAAUUAAGGAUUUUUUACGCGAAGCCGUACCCGCAACCUCGGAGACAGAUAGAUAGAGAUAGAUGCGCCAAGUACACGAAGCAGCCAAUAAAAUUUUCCUUAAUUCUUCAAUAAAACAAUGGAGACGGAACUUAAAGACGAGAAUACGGAGCGUUCCAAGCCCUGCCCACAGAAAUCUCAACCGGAAGUGGCCCCCGACGAUGCCUCCACCAUGGAUGACCUUCCUCUCCUCAAAUCUGACUCCAACCGGAUGGCGACGGAGAAUAUCCAAGAGCUGGAGAAGAAAUUCGCUGCGUUCGUGCGCAAUGACGUCUACGGGACCAUGGGACGCGGCGAGCUGCAGUUGGCCAAGAAGGCCCUGCUAGGCUUCGCGUUGGUGACUUUGUUACCGAUUCGAGUUAUGCUUGCAAUGAUAAUAUUGUUCUUUUAUUACGCAAUUUGUAGGAUUUGCACGCUGUUCUCUGCUCCGAACCGGGACGUGGAGAAGGAGCAGGAGGAUUUCGCGCAUAUGGGAGGGUGGAGCAGGGCCGUGAUUGUGAGGUCUGGGAGGUUUCUUUCUAGAGUUAUGCUUUUCGUGUUUGGAUUUUAUUGGAUUAGGGAAACCUAUGGAAUUCUAGAGCAGCCAAAAGACAAGUCUUUUUCUCAGAAUGAGGGCAAAAAUCAAUCUGGAAAACCUGAAAGACCUGGGGCAAUAAUCUCCAAUCAUGUUUCGUAUUUGGAUAUUUUGUGUCACAUGUCUUCUUGUUUUCCAAGUUUUGUCGCCAAGAGAUCAGUGGCCAAACUUCCUCUUGUUGGUCUCAUCAGCAAGUGCCUUGGUUGUGUCUAUGUUCAAAGAGAGUUGAAGUCAUCUGACUUCAAAGGAGUUGCAGGUGUCGUGACUGAAAGAGUUAGAGAAGCUAAUCAGAAUACAUCUGCUCCAAUGAUGAUGCUUUUUCCCGAAGGCACCACUACAAAUGGAGAUUUUCUUCUUCCAUUUAAGACAGGCGCAUUCUUAGCUGGUACUCCUGUACUUCCAGUGAUUCUGAGAUAUCCUUACCAAAGAUUCAGUCCUGCAUGGGAUUCAAUUUCUGGGGUGCGCCAUGUGAUUUUUCUCCUAUGUCAAUUCAUAAAUUACAUAGAAGUCAAAAGGUUACCUGUUUACUAUCCAUCACAGGAAGAGAAGGACAACCCAAAGCUAUAUGCUUAUAAUGUCCGAUGGUUGAUGGCUCGUGAGGGUGAUUUAGUUAUGUCAGAUAUUGGACUAGCUGAGAAGCGAGUAUAUCAUGCUGCUCUCAAUGGUAAUAAUAGCCUGCCUAGUAUUUUGCAUCAGAAAGACGAUUGAUAAUUUCAUGGAAUCCAGUCUCAGUGGAGCUUCUUAGUUUCUAGUGGUAUUUCCUCUUAAAAUGACAGCCAAGACAUGGGGUGGUUCUCUCCCUAUGCUGCCAACAAAAGAUUAAGCUAAUGUGCCAUUAUUGUUUUGUACAUUCUCAUUGAAUACAUUUUUAAAUGUGAUGGUAAAGCAUCUGAUUUAAGAGCUUCCUGGGAUUUUAUCUGUUGUACAUGCACUCCCAAUGAGUUCACAAAUAUCCUCAAAACCUUUAGAUAAAACAUUGGAUGUGUAAAGCUGAAA